AUGGUCGUAGCGCGCACGGUAAUUUCUCUGCACCUGGCAUCUCUUGCCCUUGGCCUCGCCAUUCCACCUAGCUUGCCUAACGCUCUCACGAAUAUCACCGCAAACUGUCAAAAGGAUGGUAGUCGCAAUGCUUGCUCAGUAUUCAUUACUGACGCAUUGAACACUUGUCACCCUAGUGAUAUGGCUUGCGUUUGUUCGCAAUUUGCAAGUAUAGUCGACUACUGCGGCACUACUUGCAACUACGACCCUGGCUCCCUUGAUACUUCGAAAGAAUUCAUGAAUCAAGAGUGCGCCAAAGUCGAGUGGAAGAAGCCCCCUCUGCAGGCAGCUGGAGUUUUAGAUCGUGUCUUAGGCCACGCGCGCAAGCACAAUGACGAUGAAACCGACAGCGAGUAUGACGACGAAGACCACAGCACCUGCAAUAAUGGUGACGAUUCUGAUCCUGGGACAAAUUGGCAGGCAUACGGCAAGCGUAGCCUCAUUGAGGAUAGUGCUCAUGAAAUUGCUCUUGCUGAUGGAAGUGACGUCAACGUUGGGGACUCUAUCUCUUUGCGUGAUCGCCUCCUCAUUCAUGGAGUUCAGGGAAGUGACGGCGCUCAUCUGGUUAUAAAGCCUGACCACUAUGAGAAUGGUAUCUUACGGCGUGAUAGUUCUGAAACUGAAACUGAAAAUAACGAAGAAGAACAGGCAACUUCUGCAGAGCAAUGCGAUUAUGACGAUGCUCGGAAACAAAUUGCCCAAGAGAUUGUCCACGCAGCUGAUAGUGCUUUCGCAAAUGCCCCGAAGAAAACCAUUGAAAAUUUCUUAGAAAACGUUCUAACAGGUAUUUCACGCACUCGUAACUCUCGUAAACGCCCACAGCGGGUCGCAGACCAUUCAGAGCCAAUUGAUAACGAGGAAGAGCUAAGCGAACCGUCGAAUUCACACGAGGAGCAUGAUACAAGCUAUCAGAACGAUGAAGAAGAUGUUAAGAACGGCGGAGGCAGUACUGUUGUUUCACUUGUCUACGUGACUGAAAGCGCCAUGCCUUCUCACCAUGAACUACAGACUCCUUCUAUUCCUCUUCUUACCUUGCCAGCUACCACAGUAGCUAGCCUGGGAAUUUCAGAUGUCGAAGAACCAGCCUUUGAAACCUCGUCGAUCACUACUAAGGCUAUUACAUCGUCUGCUGCUACUGCUUCUGUCACUACUACUGCUACUACUGCUACUGCUUCUACCACUACUACUGCUACUACUACUGCUACUACCUCUCCCUCAAUUGUUAGUGAUAGUUCCGAUUCCUUGGUUUCAACCAACAGUGCUGUUCCACAGGAGCCUAGUUCUGUCACCACCGAAUUUGCACAGAUUUCUUCUCCCGCUGUUGAGCCCCCCUCUUUGACAAUUGCGCGUGCCUUUUCCCUAGCUGAUGAACUUGCAUUGGAGGAAGAAAUGGAUGGUCAAUCAGCUGAAGAACAACCCGAACUCGAGGUUGACGGCGAAAACGAACUCCAGCUCGCGUCCUCAUUUGCAUCAAAGUAUCUGGAGAUGUCUUCUGCUAAGUUUACCUCCAGUUUUGCUAGCGCUACCUCCGGCCUUGCUAGCAUUACCUCCGGCCUUGCCAGCGUUAACAGCUCCGUUCCUGAAGCUAAAGUUUCUGCUUGGGGCACGCCAGGGAACCAUUAUGUUGGCGAUCAUAUGCGCGCGGGUGACGGAACCGACUCCUUGUCAAAUAAUACGUCAAAUUCAACUGCCAACUCUACGUACUUCAGUGCCACUUCGCAGAAAGGCGCAAAAUCUGGUGCAGUUCUAAACUCUGUUUCAGCUCUCGCAAUAACUAUUGGCCUCUUUUUAGCAACAACUUUUUAA